AUGGCUUUGCAAUUUGAGUCCUAUGACGGAGGCAACUUCAUGGGAAAUCUAUACAUGAAUAUGCUUGUUGGAACUGCGGCUGAAGCUCUUGAAGCUGGUGAUUUCAAUGAAGUUGAUAGGAACAUCGAAAGACGAAUCGGCAACGCGUUUUUCAAAGCUCAACGGUAUCAAUACGCAAUCAAAAAGUACGAGGACGCGAUUAAACAUUUUGAUGGUACGGAUAUCGCCGUGUACAAUAACAUCGCCAUGUGCUACUACAAACUUGGACAGACAGAAGACGCCAGCAACAAUUUCGAUAAAUGUCGAACAAAAUGCAUCAAGGCACUUGUGAUCGGACAACAACACGGAGCUCAAAAGAAGGACAUCUCUAAAGCAAUGGCGAGAAUCGGAAUGUGCUACGAAUGCGAAAAAGAUUACGAAAAAGCCAUUGAAUGGUUUGAGAAGUCUGUUGCAGAACACCCGGACAAACAUGUCAGCAUUAAUCUCGCGAAGCUCAAGAAACAGCAUCAAAAAUGA